AUGGCUGAUAUCAGAACUCAAGGGCUCAUAGAGCCUGUUGACGUCGUCGAAUACCUUUUCAAGAGGCUUCACGAGCUCGGAGUCCGCUCCGUUCACGGUCUCCCCGGUGACUUCAACCUCGUUGCCCUCGACUAUCUUCCCCAGUGCGACUUGAAAUGGGUUGGCAAUGUCAACGAGCUCAACGCCGGCUACGCUGCCGAUGGUUACGCCCGUGUCAAGGGCAUCUCUGCCAUCAUCACCACCUUUGGUGUUGGUGAGCUUUCCGCCAUCAACGCUCUUGCCGGUGCCUACUCAGAACACAUCCCCGUCGUACACAUUGUCGGCUGCCCCUCCACCAUCUCCCAGAAGAACGGCAUGCUCCUGCACCACACCCUCGGCAAUGGCGACUUCAACGUCUUCUCCAACAUGAGCUCUCAAAUUUCAUGCGAUGUUGCUCGCCUCAACAACCCCGCCGAGAUCGCCAACCAGAUCGAUCAUGCUCUCCGAGAGUGCUGGAUCCGCAGUCGUCCCGUCUACAUUAUGCUUCCCACCGACAUGGUUCAGAAGAAGAUCGAGGGCCAGCGCCUGACCACGCCCAUUGACCUCGAGGAGGCCACCAACGAUCCCGACAGAGAGGACUACGUCGUUGACGUUAUCCUCAAGUCCCUUCACAGCGCCAAGAAGCCCGUCAUGUUGAUUGACGCCUGCGCCAUCCGCCACCGCGUUCUCCCUGAGGUUCACGCCCUUCUCGAGAAGACAAAGAUUCCUGUCUUCGUAACACCCAUGGGAAAGGGUGCCGUUAACGAGACUCAUCCCAACUACGGUGGUGUUUACGCCGGUACCGCUUCGCAGCCCGACGUGGGUGAGCGACUCGAGUCUUCAGACUUGAUCUUGUCCAUUGGUGGCCUUAAGAGCGACUUCAACACCGCUGGAUUCUCUUACAGGACAUCACAGCUGAACACUAUCGACUUCCACAGCACACACAUGAGAGUCAGAUACUCUGAGUACCCUGGCAUCACCAUGCGCGGAGUCCUCCGCAAGGUCACUGAGCGUCUCGACUUGGGCCAGCUUUCCGUCGUCACAUCACCCGAGGUCAUCAACAGAGUGCCUAGCCCCAAUUCGGACCCGUCGCAAACCAUCACUCAGGCAUACCUGUGGCCUCGCGUUGGCAACUACCUUCGCGAGAACGAUAUCGUCGUCACCGAGACAGGAACGGCCAACUUCGGUAUCUGGGACACCAAGUUCCCCGCUGGAGUUACGGCCUUGAGUCAGGUCUUUUGGGGAAGUAUCGGCUGGUCUGUCGGUGCUGCUCAAGGUGCGGCUCUCGCUGCCAAGGACGCGGGAGAGGAUCGCAGGACGAUUCUCUUCGUCGGCGACGGAUCAUUCCAGCUUACGGCCCAGGAGGUCACUACCAUGCUACGCCAUGGCUUGAAGACGACAAUCUUCGUCAUCUGCAAUGAUGGAUACACCAUCGAGCGCUUCAUCCACGGCAUGGAGGCUGAGUACAACGACAUUGUCCAGUGGCAGUACAAGGAACUUGCGACAGUGUUCGGCGGCACCGAGCAGACAGCCAAGAAGUUCGUGGUCAAGACAAAGGACGAACUCGAGAAGCUCUUGACCGACAAGGAGUUCAACAACCCCACAACACUGCAGUUCGUCGAACUCUACCUCCCCAAGGAGGAUGCGCCGAGAGCGUUGAUCAUGACUGCCGAGGCCAGCGCCAGAAAUAAUGCAAAGGUCGAGUAA